GCAAACGUAGAUUAUGGAAAUCAGGAGUAUCAGCUGACUGCGGAGGUAGAUGCGACGCGAUGUCGAUUAUGCAAAAGGAAUAUCCAAACUUCAAUUCAGUCAUUGUGGCCCUAUCCGGCAUAUAAACCAAUUGCAUGGGAUAAAUAUUACGUAAUCGAACAAACUACAGAACCAAAGUCGUCGUUGACGAGUGGAAUUGCGGCCGGCAUUACGAUUGGUGUUUUUGUGACCAUUUUCUUGGUGACGUUCGGUUGUCGAAUAUACAACAUGAGAAUGGAACGAUUGCAAGGGACUCACCGUUCAGGUUUACGGAAUACGUCGUUGACGGGCGCUGAGAAUUUUUCUGCGGAUUUCUGGAUUUGUGGUAUACCAAGAGAACCACCACCUCCCUACGAAGUGGCCAUACACUUGCCAAAGUGUGCUCUGCCUUUGUCGUCAUCACCGUCAGCACCAUCUGAAUCGCAAUCACCUCAGCAAUCACCCCUCGACGCUUCAAUCACCCCACGACCAACCUUACCGACCAUUGCUACUAUCAGCUAG